AUGGGAGAUGGGUCAGCGGGUCAGGGGGAGCAGCAGCCCGCGCGGGACGGGUCGCCGCCCUGCUGCCAGCCGCGUAUUCACGUGAUGCUGCCUCUCUCUGCCAUCGCCAGCGGUACAGGCCGUCGCGUUGCGGUGGCGCAGGCGCCGCCCACCCGCGUGCAGCCGGUCCUGAUGGCCUCCUGCGACUCUGACCGGUGUCCGCAUACAAACGCCACGUGCACGCAGGUGUACGCGCCCCAGAUGCUACUGCGGGUCGACGGCCGGCGGCUCGUCUUUGACCUGAUGGACAUCGAGUCCGGCUGCCGGUGUGAGGCGGACGGAGCCGGUACCGCCACCACAGACGCGCCGUUCGACGAGGGGCCCAGGAUGGCGGCCACGCCCGCGGCAAUGCCGCCGCCGGACGCCAGGGGACACGAGACCGCUGCUGGGAGUCCGGGGACCUCUGCGGCCAGUCCGGGGACCACCAUUGCCAGCCCCGGGACAGCAGCCCUACUGCCUGGAGCGCAGCCAGAGACGACUGCGGCAGCCGGAACCACUGAAUCGGUUACAUCCGUGACGAGCGCCGGGACCUCUACCGUGGAGGCUGCCACCCCGACUUCCGAGGCUUCAACCACGACAGAAGCUGCCAUCGUGACAGAACAAACAACCACGACGACGGGAGCCGCAACCGAGACUACGGGAGGUGAAACGAUUACAGAAACGGCCGCAAGUACGGAGGCUGCGACUAAGACCACGAAAGUUGCAACUAAGAGCACGAAAGCGUCGACUAUAACCGCGGCAGCUGUGGCUACGAGCACGCAGGCUGCGAGGGCGAGUACGGAAGCGGCAACUGCGACUUCGGGAGCUGCGACUAUGACCACGGAAAUUGCGACUACGACUGCGAUAGCUGCGACUACGACCACGAAAGAUGUGUCUACGACCAAGGGAGCGGCUACCACGAGCACGGGAGCGACGACUACGACUACGAAACCUGAGACUACGAGCGUGGAGGCUGUGACUGCGGCUACAACUACGGAAGCGGCGAUUACGAGCACGCAGGCUGCGAAGACUAGCACGGAAGCGGCGACUGCAGCUACGGGAGCGGCGACUACGGAAACUGAAGCGGCGACUGCAAUUACUGAAGCGGAGACUGCUGCUACGGAAGCUGCGACCGAGACAGAAUCUCCCACCGUGACGCCAGAGGCGGCAGCGGUGUCGUCGAGCACCGCUGCUGUGACAGCAGGGACUAAGAGUGUAGCAGCCGGCUCCACAGACGUCUCUGUGACGGCAGGAACUGAGAGUUUCGCAGCGAGCACCACCGGCGCCCCGCGGGAGAGGACGCUCGUUCCGGAGAGCCCGCGCCGGCCCGAGUCCGACUCGCUCCUGUCGACGGCCAGCGCUGCUACUACAGACAGCGGCGAAACGACCACGAGAGGCGCUACAACUCCUACUGGGUCAACAGGGGCCGCCGCCACCGCCCCAGCCGAUGCUACACUGCGCGACUCAACUACAGCAGUACCAAGGAGCGAUACUACCGCCACUGACACUACGACGGUCAGCGUUACGGCGGUUGACGCUACUACAGCUGUUAUUACGACAGCUGUUACUAUGACGGCUGGUACUACGACUGCCGGUACUACGACGGCCAGCCCAACGACCACUGGUACUACUUCCGCUGGCACUACUUCCGCUGGCACUACUUCCGCUGGCACUUCUUCCACCGACACUUCUUCCACCGACACUUCUUCCAGCGACACUUCUUCCGCUGACACUACUUUCGCCGGUACUAAGGCGGCUGACACUAAGACAGCCAGCCCUAGGACGGACAGCCCUGCUACUACUGACGCUGCGACGACCACCGGCGUUGCGACGACGACCACUGGGAUUGUGACGAGGGCUACGGACGCUGCUGCGGCGACUACGGGCGCUGCUGCGGCGACUACGGACGCUGCUGCGGCGACUACGGACGCUGCUGCGGCGACGGAAGCUUCUGUCACGACGGAAGCUUCUGUCACGACGCAAGGUUCUGUAACGACGUCUGAAGCUGCUGCGACGACUGAAGCUGCUGCGACGACUGAAGCUGCUGCGACGACUGAAGCUGCUGCGACGACUGAAGCUGCUGCGACGACUGAAGCUGCUGCGACGACUGAAGCUGCUGCGACGACUGAAGCUGCUGCGACGACUGACACUGCUGCGACAGUCUCUAGCACGGCCGGUACCAGGGCGCUACCUACGACUGAGCGGCCCGCCGGCACGACGCCGUUCGCUGCCGGUCCGCGGGUGCAGCCGACGCCCACCAGGCCGUCCUCCACAACCGUCACCGUCACUCAGACCGUCUCUGGGGAGUGCCGGGACGCGCCGCCGUCGGACCCGGACCGCCAGCGGCCGCCCAUGGUGCUGGCCAUGUUCGCCGGGGAGGAGGGGGGUGGCUCGGACGGGCCCGGCCGCGGCCCGCUCCGCGGUGACAUGGCCCCGCGCGAGGAGGCGCCGCCGCGCCGUCGGCCGCCGGGCCGCGCGCCGCUACUGCCCAGCGCCGACCACCAGACACAUAACAUCAGCCAGGCGCUGCAGCACCUGGCGGGCCUGGCCGGCGCGCUGCCGCAGUGGACGCUGCAGCCGUACCAGCUGACAGAGGACCACAUCCGGCUGGCCGGACUGCUGGCCGCCGCCUACGGACUCGGCAAGGCCGCCUGCGGGCGGGGUCCGCCGCCGGCGCACGGCUCUCCGGCCUGGGCGGUGCCGCCGCGGCCGGGCCUGUCGGGCUGGGCGCAGGGGAUGAUGGGGUCGCCGCCGGCGGCAGCGGAGGACCUGCCGUCGGAGGAGUCCGCGGGAGGAGAGGACGGGCCGGAGAACGAGGAGGGAGAGCGGGCGGCCGCGCUGGUGAUGCGGCUGCCCUCGGCUGGGGUGUCUGGCCGCGCUGCUGACGGGUCGGCCCGCCGGGUGGUCGGAGGGCACGCCAGCAGUCUCGUCAUGGACCGGAUGGGCGAGCUGACUGACGACCGGCCGGCGGCCGCGGCCCUGGCGCCCGCCGCCGUGCCGGCCGAUCGGCUGAACGCCAUGCGCCUGGUGGAGAACAUAAUGGACCGGCACCGGAGCGCGCUGGGGGCGCUCUACAGCGAGCAGCGCCAGCGGCUGGACGAGCAGCUGCAGCAGCAGCGGCGCGCCAUCCAGCGCACCUUCGACCUCGAGCUCAAGUACGUGGCCAACAUCCUGACCGCCAUGGGAUCGCGGGACAACCGGCCCACUCAGGCAGAUGAUGACGAUAACGAUAAUGAGGACUACCCUGGCGAAACGGAUGAGUUCGAGAAGGGAGGUGAAUUUGGCGAGGAUGAAGCUGCAGCUGAAGAUCCCCAGAGUGCGGAAACUGGAGAUGCGGACGGAGCACCGACCAGUCCAACGGACGUCACCGCGGGUGUAUCGACAGCCAACACCACUACCCCUAGUACGGAGGACGGUUCAACUCCCACUACAGAAGACUCUCCCGGGGGCCCGGCGCACACAUCCACAGCCAACUCUACAGAGGUCUCUGAGGGUGCACCGAUCACCUCAUCCGCCGGUGUUCCACAGUCGACCCCCGCUGUGACCCCACCUGCCUCCACGGUGGCUCCAGCCGCCUCCACGGAAUCUCCAGCUGCCUCCACAGCGGCUCCAGCCCCAUCCACGGCGGCGGCGAGGUCGCAGCAGACCUCCGACCGGCCGCAGUGCCCGCCGUUCGAGGAGGCGGUCGCGCGCCAGGCGCUGACCCGCGAUGCGCGGGUGCUGGCUGACUCUCUGUUCCGGAUCGGUCUGGAGCUGUUCCAGGCGGUGCGGCCGGGCGGGCCGGCAGCGCGCUCGGCGCUGCCCGAGUCGCUCCGGCUGCGGCCGCGCUCCAGCGGUGACCGGCAGAUGGCGCGGCUGGUGCGCGCCGUGGCCGGCAGCCAGGUGCGCUUCCAGUUCGCGCUGUCGGCGCUGGAGGGCCGCGCCGGCGCGCUGGACCGACUGCGGCGGCUUCUGCGCAGCGGGGCCGAGCGGCGCCGCGCGCCGGCCGGCCCCGAGUACAACCUGACCAUGGCGGUGACGGCGCUCACCUCCUGCUUCAUCGACGGCGUGCCCGGCUUCAGUGUGGAGAAAAACCUGGACGGUGGGACGGCGUUCGCCCAGAUCCGACGGCACACGGCGCGGCUUCAGGAGCGGUCGGACGGCGGCAGCUCGGUGACGCUGCGCCUCUCCACUGCCCUGGAGCGCGUCUGGGAGCUGUACCGGUUCCUCCUGAACGCGUUCGUUGGUCGGGCGUCCAGUGUGCAGCUGCGCUCGGAGCAGAACCUGCGCGUGGUGUCGCUGCGGCCGGUGGAGCUGCGCGCCGAGCUGCGCCGCGCCGUGGCCGGGCUGAGCCGCGCCCGGCGGGCCGAGCUGCGCCGACUGCUGGCCGCGCUGGCUGCAGACAGCGGCGAGCUGCGGCACGCCGUCUCCGAGCUGCGCCACCUGAUGGCGCUGCUCGCAGACAUGAGUGACCUGAUGCUGACCUCCGGGCCGGGCGGCGGCGGCGCCGUGCAGACCGGGCCGGCGGCCGUGGUGCGUCACGUGGGGGACGCGCUGCUCGCCGGCCUGGACUGCCUGCUGAGCGCGCUGGCCGGCUCCUGGGCGCCGUCUGCCAGUCGGGAGCUCAGCGCGCCGACCGCCCCGGCGCCGGCCACCUGCCCGUCUCUGGAGGACUCGGCCGAGGCCAUCCUCGACAACAUGCCUGUAUUCGCCGAGAUGCUCUAUAAGAUCGGGCUCAAGUUCACGGGCGCGUUCAGCCUAGAGCCAGGCGCGCGCCGGGCGGCGGCCGUACCUCGCGUGGACGCGGCCGCCUCCGCGGCCAGCCUGCAGACGGAGCGGCUGGUGCGCGUGGUGGCCGGCAGCGCGGGCCGCUUCCGGCCGCCGCUGGCCGCCGCCGAGGACUACAUCUCGCUGCUGGACCGGCUGCGGACGCUGCUGGCGGCCGGCGCCGACCGGCCGGCCGCGGCGCCCGCCGCACAGGACCACAACCUCACCGCGGCCGUGUCGCUGAUGACGGCCUGCUUUGUGGAGCACGUGCCCGGCUUUGAGCUGGAGCAGGCGGCCGGGGCCCGGGCGGCGCUCUCCGUGGUGAGCCGGAUGGAGACCGUCGAUAUCGAGGCGAGGAACGUACCGGCCGAGGAGCAGUCUGUAGCGACUCGCUUGUCUGGCAUCAUGGUGCGCAUCUGGACCAACUGGAUCGCCAUGUUCAACAGCUUCGUCCGUCCGACCACGGACGUCCAGCUGCACCAGUCGACCAACGUGCGGGUGCUCUCGCUGCGCGACUCUGAGCUGCGCGCCGCUCUGCUGUCGGCCGUGGGCGCGCUGCGGCCGGCCGAGCUGACGGAGCUGCGGCGGCUGUGCGCCGCGCUGGCGGCCGCCGACCCGCGGCUGCAGCCGGCCGUCGGGGAGCUGCGCCACCUGAUGGACUACCUGGCCGAUAUCACGGACCUGUUGCUCACCACGGGCGCCGCCGGCCGGCAGGCGAUCGCCGCCGGACCGUCGGCCGUCAUCCGGCACAUGGGCUACGCGCUGCUGCACAGCCUGGGCUGCUUCUCGGCGGCGCUGGCCGGCGGGCGGACGGCCGACGCCUGGGGCACGCCGUCGCCGCCCACCGCGCCGCCGCCGCCGCCGCCGCCGGCCGAGCUGGCUCAGUGCCAGCUACUGGAGGAAGCCAACAGCGACCCGGCCGUGCUCGGAGACCUGGAGGUCCUGAUGAAGGACCUGUUCGACAUGGGGCUGACGUUCUUCAGCCUGUUCAAGUCGGACCCGGUGUUCUCGUCGCUGUCGGUUGGCCGGGCGGCGGCCACCGGCCCGGCCUCGGUCAGUGACCAGAUGCGCUGGCUGAUGGGCGCCGUGCGCGGCUCGGCCGGCCGCUACCAGUUCCCGCUGCUGGUCCUGGAGCAGCACAUGGCGCCGCUGGAGCGGCUGGGCGCCCUGCUGGCGGCAGGCGCCGGCGGAGCGCCGCUCGCCGAGGCGCGGAACGACCACAACCUGACCGAGGCCGUGGUGGCGCUCACCGCCUGCUUCGUGGAACACGUGCCGGGAUAUCACCUGGAGGAGAUUCUGGAGGCCAAGUCGACAGACACCGCGCCGGAGGAGCUGCCGCCGCGGCCGCCCGUCAGGCAGCGGGCCUCUGACAGCGGCUCUGUGACACUGCGCGCCGCCGACCUGGUGGCCAACACGUGGCGCGUCUGGCAGACGAUAUUCGGCGCGUUCGUGCGGCCGGCCUCUCUGGUGCAGCUGCUGCGCGAGCGCAACGUGCGCGUGCUGUCGGUGAGUCGGCCGCGGCUGCGCGCCACCGUGCUCGAGGCUGUGUCGGCGCUGGACCGGCUGCAGCGGGCCGAGCUGGAGCGCGUCUGCCGGCAGCUGGCCGCCGCCGAGCUGCGCUUCGCCGCCGGCGAGCUGCGCCAGCUGAUGGCGCCGCUGGCCGAGCUGUCCCGGCUGCGGCUGACCAAGGCGCCGCGCGCGCGCCGCCAGGGCACCGCCGGCCCGGCCGGCAUCGUGGAACAGAUGGGCCGCGCGCUGCCGCACAGCCUGGGCUGCUUCCUGGCCGCGCUGGCCGGCGAGGAGGUGGACGGCGGGCCGGUCGCGCCGCCGGCGGUCACCGAGAUCCCGGCCACGGCGGCGCCGGGUGCGCUGCCCGUGCCCGGUCCGCUGCCGGCGGCACCAGCCGCCGCCGAGCCGCCGCAGGAGACGGACGGCGCCGACGGGACGCAGGAUCAGGAGCAGGAUCAGGAUCAGGAUCAGGAGCUGGAGCAGGGAGAGGAGCCGGAACAUGAACACGGACAGGAGCCGGAACAGGACGCAUCAGAAGACGAUCAGCAGCAAGGACAGGACAACGGACACGAACAUGGGCACGAGCCGGAGCACGAGGGAGGGGACGGGCAGCAUUCGGAACACGAGCACGACCACGGUCACGGUACGGACGACCACGACCCGUUCCUCACUGAACAGGACGUGGAUGUGGUGGACGAUAUACUGGCCGGACUGGGCUAGGCGCUCCAGAGGGAGGGGCGACUGGGGCGGCCGGGGGACCUCUGUGCGGAGCGCGGGGGACGUGAAUCUGGGCGUCCGAGGCCGCUAUCAGGGUGGGUGCCUCGAGUCGGUGUUCGAUUUUACAUGGGCGCCGGAGGGCCCAUUUUAGUGGUCCAGGAGCUGGCGCGGCAUGUUCAUAUAUUCACGGCCGGUGGGUGCUGUUUUUAUGGAAUGCAGGGGAUUGUGAAUUAGACCGCUAGUCUCUUGCGUCUGGGUGGGAUAUGAUCGUUACAAUUACAAUCACGAUUACGAGCGGUCACGAUUGUGCUAGAAAUACCUAGAACCGCCCAUCCGAAUGACACACUCGUUACAAUUCACUGCUGUUCUGUUAUAUCUGAAGUAUUGUUAUAUUGUUAUAUAUAUUGCCGUCGUAAAUAAACUUCAUUCACACAUCUUA